AUGUUAUUGAAUAAUUUGCGAAAUCUACAUCCUAAUAUUAAAAAACAUGUCGGACAAGUGGGAAAUAAAUUUCAUGCCUGGAAAACUGUCCAAAUGCAGACAGCAAAACCACUGGAAAUUAGUAACGAAACUGUACAUCAACCACAAUCCAAAAAGGGUUCUUCUAUAGAAAAAGUAACAUCAGAAACAAUUGGCAACGCUUCUCCUUUACCACGAAUAGUUCCAAUGGUUCUAAAUGUAAAAGAACCCAUAGUGCUGCCAUUUGAUGAAGUACCUGGACCGAAAUCUUUAAAAUAUUUAUCGAUUUUUCGUAAAUAUAUCACAGAGUUUGGAACUCAACUCACUGCUAGUUUUUUAACUUUCGGUCUUACCUUCAGGUCAAUAAUUUCUGACAGAAAAAUGGUACCAACAUUUUCCAACCUUUUUGAUAAAUACGGUCCAGUUGUUCGAUUUGUCAGUCCGGUUGGUAGCGACAUAGUACUCAUCAAUCACCCUGACCAUAUACAAAAGGUAUUCAGUAUGGAAGGACAGUAUCCUGUCAGGUCAAUGUUAGAGUCACUUGAGAAAUACCGAAUAGAGCAUAAGAAUCAUGCUUUUGGAGGACCUUAUACUGUUCGUGGUCAAGAUUGGGUCCGACAGAGAUUGGUGUUGGACAGGCCCGUACAUAAUGCAGUCGUUCAACACGCACAAAACGUAUACGAUGUCUGUGAAAAAUUUACGCAAAAAGUAUACAAUAUAAGAAAUUAUCAGGAUGAAAUAUCUAAAGAUUUGUAUAAGGAAUUACAUAAAUGGGCUUUUGAUUGUAUGGGUCUGAUUAUGUUCUCGAAGAAUUUUCAAAUGCUGGAAACGGAGUUAGUUCACAGUCAGUGUGACGCUGCCUGGAUGUACCAUUGUUUAGAAAAGGCCACCGACGCCAUAAUUAAAUGUGAAUCCGGUAUACACUUCUGGAAAUUUUUCACAACUCCCGCUUGGUAUUCUUUGGUCAAGUAUUGUGAUAAUUUAGACAGUUUGAUUGGUAAAUAUGUUUUGGAUAUAGAACAAGAAAUUACCACAAAGGCUCAAGACAACAAUAACGUUCCGUUAAGUGCUGAUUCUUUGACCAGUGCAAUUUUACUAAGCGAAGAUAAGUUUCAUGCAGAGGACAUUGCUACUAUUUUGAUGGAUAUGAUGCUCAUUGGCGUAAAUACGAUCACAUCUUCAAUGGCUUUUUUAUUAUAUAACAUAGCGAAACACCAAAUGAGUCAACGAUUGCUCUACCAAGAAGUGGCUAAUUUAUACCAAGAUAACAUUAUAAAAGACAUUGAUAAAUUUAAAAAUGAGACACCAUAUUUACAAGCUUGCAUUAAAGAGACUUUGAGGCUGGUUCCACCAAUACCACUGUUAACAAGAAUUCUAUCAAGAAAUGUAACUUUGGACAAUUACAACAUUCCAAGAGGAACUAUGAUUAUAAUGUCGACACAAGACACAUCACUUAAAGAAAGCAACUAUGAUGACGCCAAUAAAUUCCACCCGGAAAGGUGGUUGACCUCUGAUGCUAAAAACUAUCACUCAUUUGCUUCUAUACCAUUUGGGUUUGGGGCUAGGAAAUGUAUUGGACAAAACAUUGCUGAAACUAUGAUGUCUUUACUGACUGUAAAGGUAUUACAGAAAUACAGACUUGAAUACCAUUAUGGUGAUGUGCAGCCGUCUCGAGGCUUUAUUACGAGGCCCAACAGACUUUUAAAAAUAAGAUUUGUUGAUAGAAUGUAAUUUUAAAUGUUUCCACUUAAUAAUAUUGGUUGUUAUAAUAAUUUGGUUGUCGUACAUUUCAGUAUAUUGUUAAGUUAUGAAAUAAAAAAAUUAAAAAUUG